UAGUUUUAAAUGACUUUAUUGUUUUUCGAAGUAUUCUCCACGAAGCACUUAUUCCACUCGUUUGCUGGCAGAUCCAAAACGGCAUUUUUGAAUCCGUCAACUGCUUCUGCUGGUGACUGGAACCUUUGACCACGCAGUCUGUUUUUAAUUUUCGGGAAAGUAAAGAAAUCGUUAGAACUUAGAUCGGGACUAUAUGGAGGAUGGUCCAAUAAUUCCACGUUUU